AUGGGGGGCUCGGGAUCAGACAUGACUGCGCUCAGCGGACGCUCCCACCAAUAUGAGCAUGAAGAAACCCUGAAAUGGUCUUUCUGAAGUCAUUUAUGGACCGAGUGACAGUGAAGGACGAGGCGGACCCGUGGGGCCCCUCUCAGCGCGGCUUUAGUCACAAACAUGGCUCAGAUCCACAGCAGAAACUACGAACUCAAGUGAUCAAGAGUGAAGUGAUAACUGGCCAAAACCAUCACCUCUCAGACCAAGCACAAAUGAAAGACCAGUUAUGCAUCAAACCUGUGGAGGAGCUUUCAGGUUUUCCUUUGACGAUCAUAUCUGUCAAAAAAGAAGACGCUGAGGAGGAGUUUAAUGAGCAAAUGGAAGGCGCUGCGGAAUUGGAGAUGGAUAGUUACGGAAAUUCUUCUGACACGGACAAUUCAGUGAACUGGGACAGAGAACUAUCAGCUAAAAUCUCAGCUGGGCACGAAUCCGACUCCAGUUUACAAACAGACGAAGACGAACAAGCUGAAUGUUCGGAAGACUGGAUUCAGAAGUGGAAAGUUAAUGAUGAUGUCUGUUAUCCGGUGCAUGUUAACAGCAAUCCAGGCUCAGUUGUUGAGUGCGGUGCGACAGAAGAGCACAGAUGUUCAGACUGCGGGAAGAUUUUUACUGAUAAGCUGUACCUAAAGAGACAUAUGAUAAGGCAUACAGGUAGAAGACCAUUUACAUGCUCAGUUUGUAAGAAAAGUUUCACUCAAAAUGCACAUUUGAGGAAACAUAUGCGAUGCCACACAGGAGAGAGGCCUUUUAGUUGCCCCAUGUGUGAUUCAGCGUUUAGCUUGAAGCAAAACCUGCAUCGUCACAUGACCAGUCACAGUGGAGCGAAGUCUUUCAGCUGCCCAGUCUGUAAGAAACUCUUCACUCAGAAAUGCCAUCUCAGUCGGCACAUGAGUCUACACCUGAGAGAAAAGCUCUGCAGUUGUCCAGGUGAAUCAUGCGAACAUAUAAAGACUGUGAAUGGUCAGAUAAUGGCUCUAACCGCAGAGAAACCCUUCAUCUGUCCUUUUUGUAGCAAAGGUUUCACACGCAAAGACCAUCUCUCCUCACAUCUGAGCGCCCACACAGGAGACAAGCAGUUUGAUUGUCCUCAAUGCGAUGCCAAGUUUAAUCUCAAGCAAAGUUUAGAGCGGCACAUGACAGUACACAGCGGAGAGAAGCCUUUUAAAUGCCCAGAUUGUAAAAAAGGAUUCACCAGGAACAGCACUCUGAAACUGCACAUGAGAACACACACCGGGGAAAAACCCUUCAGCUGUUCAGAAUGUGACGCGAAGUUUAACCGAAAAGAAAACUUCCUUCGCCACUUAACUGUUCACACCGGAGCGAGGCCGUACAGCUGCCCAGUUUGUAAAAAGGACUUUGUGCGUAAACCAAGCCUUGAUAAGCAUAUGAAAUCUCACACUAAACAAUGACACAUUUAUACUGUCUUUUAUAAUCUCUGAGGAUUUAUUUUAAAGGGCCCAUAGUACACCAUUUUCUGAUCUGUGUUAUGAUAUUGUUUCCUCAUCACAAACAUACCUUUCAGUUGUUAACACACAAACCCUGCAUAGUUAGGCUGAGUUUUUCUCUCAAACAACAGAAACCAAAAACAGUCAUGUCAUGUGAUAAUACAGAAAGUGCUCCACUGUGUUUUAAACCCAAUACACUUUCACUAGAAUCAUUUGGAUAAUUUUCAGUCCUGGAAUUUCCAAUGUAUACUGAACGAAGAGUAAAACCUAGCUGUUACUUUGAAAACUACUGCUUCAUGACAUCACAAGGUGGAAACAAGUAUUUUGAGCUUUAGAAGCAUAUACAGACUAAUACAGGGUUACUCAAAUAUGUGUGAAUACGAUUAUACAAAAUACAUAUAUACAAAAAGUAUCUUUUUGAUGAGGUAACAAAUCUAACAUGGCUUAAAGCUCAGAAGAGUCAGUUUUGCCUUUAAUAAAUUAUUUUUUCAGACCAAAGUUUAGUUUAAAUAGCAUAAAUCAGCGUACCAGACAGACACAGCAACAUCACAUGACCUCUAAGGGGAAGAAGAAGAAGAGGAAAUGCCAAAACUGUCAAGUAUAAAAAAUAAACAAAACUUUGGUCUGAAAAAAUAGUGCAUUAAAAUGUGUAUAUUUUAUUAAUUAUUAGGCCACUGUAGUAUGAAUAAUAACUUUUUGUUCGUUUUAUAUCUGUUUUAUCUGCUAAAAUUGUAAAAUAAAUUUGUUAAAAGAUA